GUAAACAGCAGCGGAGUCUCGUAGGCUGUGAGCAGUGCCCCUUUCACUGCAGAGCCCUCUCGGGUCUCUUUCCAGCCAUCUGGGAUCUCUGCACUUCCAAAUUCAUUUUUUUCACAAAUUCCUACCCACCCUCAUAGUUUUGAUUCCCAUCCAUCUUUUGGAUCUUUUCUAUCUCAGGAUUGCCUUUUUGUUCUUUGGCCACCAUGGUACAGAAGAAAACUACUGAAAUGAAAGGAUUUCACCGUUCUUUCAAGGGUCAGAACCCUUUUGAUGCAGCUUAUGAGAUGGAAGCCAGAAAUAUGUCGUCAGUGUUCAAUUUUGACUGCCCCUCACGUCCUGAUGUGCCUUCCAGUGCCCCCAUUGACAUCCCUGAUGCCAAAAAAAGAACAAAGAAAAAAAAACGCUGCAGGGCAACAGAUAGCUUCACUGGGCGGUUUGAAGAUAUAUACCAGCUACAGCAAGAAAUUCUUGGCGAAGGUGCUUAUGCAAAAGUUCAGAGCUGCAUUAAUCUCAUCAACAAUAAGGAGUAUGCUGUGAAGAUAAUUGAGAAAAGGCCUGGCCACAGCAGAAGCCGAGUUUUUAGGGAGGUGGAGAUGUUGUAUCAGUGUCAGGGACAUAGCAAUGUAUUGGAACUAAUAGAGUUCUUUGAAGAAGAAGAUAAAUUCUAUCUGGUGUUUGAGAAGAUGUGUGGUGGUUCCAUACUGAAUCACAUUCACAGGCGCAGGCAUUUCAAUGAACGGGAGGCCAGUUUUGUGGUGCGGGACAUUGCAGAAGCUCUGAACUAUUUGCACAACAAAGGUAUAGCACAUAGGGACCUGAAACCCGAAAAUAUUCUUUGUGAAAGCCCUCAUCAAGUGUCACCAGUGAAGAUUUGUGACUUUGACCUUGGAAGUGGUAUUAAGCUGAACAGCGACUGCUCCCCAAUCUCCACCCCAGAGCUGCUGACACCAUGUGGAUCUGCAGAGUAUAUGGCCCCUGAAGUUGUAGAAGCUUUUAAUGAAGAAGCAUCAAUAUACGAUAAACGUUGUGACUUGUGGAGUCUUGGAGUGAUCUUGUACAUCAUGUUGAGUGGAUAUCCUCCAUUUGUGGGUCACUGUGGGAGUGAUUGUGGCUGGGAUCGAGGCGAAGCCUGUCCUACAUGCCAAAACAUGCUUUUUGUAAGUAUUCAGGAAGGAAAGUAUGAAUUCCCUGAGAAAGAUUGGGCUCAUAUCUCAACUGGAGCCAAAGAUCUUAUCUCAAAACUGCUGCUUCGGGAUGCCAAGAAGAGACUGAGUGCAGCACAAGUCCUGCAGCACCCAUGGGUGCAGGGGAAUGCGCCUGACAACACUCUUCCCACUCCAAUUAUCUUGCAACGGAACAGCAGUGCCAAAGAUCUUACUUCAUUUGCGGCAGAAGCCAUUGCAAUGAACCGCCAGCUAAUGGAACGGGAGGAGGAAGAAGAAGGAACAGAAAGCUCCUUAUCCUGCCCCAUUGUGGUGAAAGCUACCUCUUGCUCCAUGCAACUAUCUCCACCUUCAGAGUCAAAACUGGCAAAAAGGCGACAACAGGGCAGCAAGGGGGGAUUAUCCCCUCCCAGUUUGGCACCCCUGCUUAUUGUCAGUGACUAAAUAUAAGUGUCUAUAUUUUCAUUUGAGCCGCGUGUGCAUUUGCGACUUGUUUUAUUUGCCUAUCCCGGUGAAUGGGUCUUCCUUACACUGCUUUUGGCCCACUGUUCCAUUAACAGUUUGUUAAGGUGGUACGCACAAUAAUUCAUCCUAUUACGCAUUUAACAAUUUCUCUAAGGUGCCGUAUAGAAAUAUUUGGGCUCAGAAUCUUACGAUUUGUUCCCCUCCUUUGCUGAUUGCAAUUAAUUCUUCUCAGAGCGCUGCAUGAAAUCAAGUUGCUAUGCUGGGCAAAGCAACAAUAGUACAACAUUUUUCUCUAGAAUUUUUAUACUGCUGAACACCACGAAAGGGAUUUAAAACUUUUAUUACAAAAAGUGCAGGUUUUUAAAGCUUAAACUUGGAUAAAAUGAGCUGUUGAUUUUUAAAUUCCCUUCAGAUUUAGUUCAUGAAAAUAUCCAACAUCUUUUCAGUGGUUACAGUAUGAAUCCUAGAAAUCCAUUCUGGUCUGUAUGAAACUGCCUAUGGCGAGGCACAGAAUGAUUGAAAAUGAGUCAAAUGUCCUUAUAGAGCAGUGCGUGAAGAAAACGUGUAUGUAUAAAAUAUAGUAUACUCACAGUGGUGUGAGUAUUUUAUAUGGGAUAAUAUAUUCUUUUUAAUACAUGAAUAUUCUACCCAGCAAAAGAUUUCAUAUUGGCUGGAUUCCAUUUAAUUUGCUGGAGUAUGAAGGUGUUUUUUCCAUUCAAAAGAUCCUUUAAGAAAAUGCCUUAAAGGCUUUUUUUUUGUUUUCCAUAUAUUUUUUAUUUUGUUUUUACCAAAGGUUCACUAUAUUGCUGUUUUCUUAACAGGAAGAGAAUUCCUGUGUUGACAGACUGUGAAAUUACUCCUUUCACCAAUGGGUAUGUGUAGGAGGUAUGGGGUUGGGUUUGGUGUCCGAAGCAAACAUGUAGCAUUGAAAUUAAUAUUUGUGGUGCAAAAGUGUUGAUUUAUUCACCCAUCCAUUGUAGAAUUGGGAGAAAAGGCCUGCAUGUGUGGGAAACAGCCAUUCAGAUUUAGAAGUGUUACUCAAGCUCCUGCACUCCUGACCAUGCACAUAUAAUGGAUGCCCUCACUUUUUUUUGCUUGGUUGAUUUUGGUUUCUUACUUGAGCUGAGUUUAUUAUCCACCUUUGCUUAAGCCGUGAUGUCAAUUGCUGUCCUUUAGAAACUGUUCUCAAUUUGAAACUGCCUCUGCGUUUAUGGUAUAAGUACUGUAACGCCCCCUGUACACUUGAGUAUGAUUAUCUGCUAAGGGAAGCAGACUUUGAGUUCCCCACAUUGUAAUUUAAGUAAGAUUUGCUACUUAUUUUCCAAGAAAGAAGAUAUCAAAUAACUGUUUAGAGAGCAGUAUUUCUAAAUGCAGAUAGAUCUUGAUCAUGUGGUUUAGAGAAUGAGUGUAAAAGCCAAUUGAUCCACUGAUUACUGUUAUUGCUGAAUAUACCCAGUUUUUAUGCAGGAAACAAGAUUUGAUAAUUCGAUUUGAACUGCUUAUACACUAACCCCAUGUCAUUAGGGUGAUAAUGAUCUAGUCCUGGAUAGUUUAAACUCCACAUCCUGCUAAAUUGUAACAUGAAUAAGGUCUCAGAAAAUGUCUGAAGUGGAUCCUUAUUGUGCUAUAUAACAUGGGGCGAGUGGUCAUAUAUUAUGAUGGAUUUAAAUUGUGUCCAUUAAGGACUGAGGUGGCACACCAACAUGCAUCAUACAUAUUCACUGAUUUAUAAUCUGCCCAUGUGAAUUGGCAAUUACGAUUCAUCAAGCAUGGUUGCACAGAAACUAGUUUAAUUUGCAAACUGUAGUAAGGUGUGAGCUAAACUAAAAAUCUAACAUAUUGGUAGAUUGCAUGGACAGAACUUGGUUACCCAGGGGUUUAGGCCAAGUUGCUUCCCAAAACUGCAGCUUUAGAAAUGUUAGUGAAGAUAGAAUGUUCAGGUUUUGUAUGUGUACUGAUCUUUUCAUAGAAGUUUUGCAGAGGGAGUUCCUGGAGGUCACAUUGAGUAAUGGUAUGUACAAUUUGGGAAAGAAUAUGCUCAAAGUUGUGUAAUACUCCACAUAAGCAUUCCCAAAUGUUUGGGUUACUGCUCAAAGGGUAGGGAUGUUUUGAUGCAGCAUAGUUCUUUGGUUUGUUGGACAAAGUAUAUAAAUGUGUGGUUUUAAAGUAAAUUGCUGCUCUGGUAAGGAUUGAUCAUACUAUUGUAAGGAAAGCUUUUGCCAUGUAUUUCUGCAUUUGGGAAGCUGUAGUUGUCUGUCUACAGACUGCUUUUUUAAAAUUUCCAAAUGCUUGCUAAAAACGUUGUUUUAAUUUCCAACCCUAGUUUAUGAGAGUGUUUGCUUGGCUGUAUUUGUUCAGUUAAUUCAUUCAUUCACAGCUUUGAAAAGUAAGGUUCUUUGACGGUAUGGAUUUCACAUCACAGAAGAAAUUAAUGUGCAAAAAGACCAGUGUUCCAAUAGGGGGUAUUUAUUGUGUGCAGAAAACAGGUGCCGUCUGCCAUGCUUUUUGCACUUUAUGUACUUUCUGCACAUACGUAUUGCAGUAGGUCUAUGCACUCCAAAUCGCAGCACAGAGACUGGUAUGCUCCCUGAUGAACACAGUGCUGCCCAUGUUAGCCAGCACUGUAUUCAUGAGGGGCAGGAGGCACUUAGGUGCCCCCACUCCCCUCCUGACUUGUGUGUCUUUGAAACACACAAGUUAGUGCUGGUGGUCACAGGCCAUAAGCCGGAUGCAGAGUCUGCCAGACCCCCGGACAGAGCAUGUACUAAGAUCAAGCUUUUCUGUAAUUAAAAAAUUGCCAGUGGUCUAUUUCUAUUUUACUUUUAGACAAUGUUAUGCCCUACAUGUAGCCAUGCAAAAGUGAACUUAAACAUUAUGGACCUGCUUUUAUAGACAUGCAUGUGGUGAUGCUCUGCUAUGAAAAUGAAUGUUCAGGAGUUUUGUAGCCCAAGUGCAAUUUUAAGGGGGCAUUGUCAGGAUAAAUGCUUCUCUCACAAUACAGAUAGCCCCAAAUUGCCACAGGAAUUGGCAUAAAGUUCAGAUAGCUUAAUGAAUGCAUUCGGCUAAUUGGGCUAGCCCAAUUCAUAUCGGUUUGCCUAUGUUUUUCUGCAUGUGUGUAUCGCGUAUACACAUUUGGGAUGUGUGUUUCUCCACAUGUCUACAAGAAUGUAUAGAAAAAAAUUUAAAUUUGAAAGCUUUACAAAGCUAUCAGGGUGUUUCACAUUCAGUCACCCUCAUAGGGUUGAUAUACACAAUCAUGUUGGGAUCUAGACAUUCCAUUACCAGAAUGAUGAGCACUGAGUCUGAUACCCCUAUGUGCCCAUAUUACUUGUGUUGUACCCUCAGCUAAGAGUGAGUGCUUCCCAUAUACUGCAGAACUAGAAUUGGAGAUCCCGCUAAAGGGAUCCAUCUGCAAUUUUGCAAUUUCUUGAAUUGUUUUUUCAAGUAUUUUUUUCUUUUGUUCUAUCCAGAAGAAGA